GGAGUGAAUGUUGUUGUGAGCAAAAGAGUGGAGGCGAUUGGUGCCUGCAACUCUGUAACCAAAAGCAUGGCUACCGAAGAAGAAGCUUUCGAUGAUUACACUAAGGAUGGGACGGUGGAUCUGAGAGGGAAUCCGGUCCGUAGAUCCAAGCGCGGUGGAUGGACUGCUUGCUCCUUUAUUGUUGUGUACGAGGUUUUCGAACGCAUGGCGUAUUAUGGAAUAUCUUCCAAUCUGAUUUUGUAUUUAACAAAGAAGCUCCACCAGGGCACCGUCUCCGCUUCCAACAAUGUCACCAAUUGGGUUGGAACUGUUUGGAUCACUCCGAUCUUGGGUGCUUACGUCGCCGACGCUCAUCUCGGCCGUUACUGGACGUUUGUCAUUGCCAGCAUUAUUUAUAUCUCGGGAAUGUCAGUAUUAACGUUGGCCGUCUCACUCCAUGGCUUAAAACCGCCUAGCUGCUCAGACGACACCAAUAUCGAGAACUGUAAGAAGGCUUCAACAUUACAGCUAGCAGUGUUUUUUGGUGCACUCUAUACCUUAGCCGUUGGAACAGGCGGAACCAAGCCGAACAUCUCCACCAUCGGUGCCGACCAAUUCGAUGAUUUCCACCCCAAGGAGAAGUCUCACAAGUUGUCCUUCUUCAAUUGGUGGAUGUUCAGCAUCUUCUUCGGGACACUCUUUGCCAACACAGUUCUUGUUUGGAUACAAGACAAUGUAGGAUGGACUUUAGGAUAUGCUCUUCCCACUCUUGGACUAGCAAUAUCCAUUUCCAUCUUCUUGGCAGGCACACCCUUCUAUAGACACAAGGUGCCCGCAGGCAGCCCCUUCACGAGGAUGGCAAAGGUCAUUGUGGCUGCUAUAAGGAAAUGGAGGGUGCAUAUCCCUAAUGAUCCCAAAGAGCUCUAUGAGCUUGACUUGGAAGAGUAUGCAAAGAAAGGAAAGUUCAGAAUUGAUUCCACACCCACCUUGAGGUUCCUUACGAAAGCAUCUGUGAAAACUGGCUCGACAAAUCCAUGGAUGCUUUGCUCAGUUACACAAGUAGAAGAGACAAAACAAAUGUUACGAAUGAUCCCAAUCUUGGCUGCCAUGUUUGUACCGAGCACAAUGCUCGCCCAGACCAAUACUCUUUUUGUUAAGCAAGGCACCACUCUUGAAAGAAGCAUCGGCAGCUUCAAAAUCCCCCCGGCAAGUUUAGUAGGAUUUAUAACCAUAUCCAUGCUUAUCUCUGUGGUGCUCUACGAUCGGUUUCUUGUCAAGGGCAUGCAGAGGUGGACGAAAAACCCCAGAGGCAUAACUCUACUUCAAAGAAUGGGAGUUGGGCUUGUUAUCCACAUUAUAAUUAUGACAAUUGCAUCCCUAACGGAGAGAUAUAGACUUAGUGUGGCCAAGGAACAUGGGUUGGUUGAAAAUGGAGGACAAGUUCCUUUAACCAUAUUUAUUUUACUUCCGCAAUUCUUGCUUAUGGGCACGGCAGAUGCAUUUUUAGAGGUUGCGAAGAUUGAGUUCUUCUAUGACCAGGCGCCAGAAAGCAUGAAGAGUCUUGGGACUUCCUAUUCCAUGACUACUCUAGGAGUUGGAAACUUUCUGAGUAGUUUCCUUCUUUCCACAGUUUCUCACAUCACCAAGGAGCAUGCUCACCGCGGAUGGAUUCUAGACAACCUCAAUGCUUCUCAUCUUGAUUAUUAUUAUGCAUUUUUUGCUGUACUAAACGUCUUGAACUUGGUCUUCUUCUUGAUUGUGAUUAAGUUCUAUGUGUAUAAGGCUGAAAUUUCGGAUUCAAUACAAGUGCUUACAGAAGAAUUGAAGGGGAUGACAGUACAGGUAUCAAACCAUGAGGAAUCCAUGGCCAGGACGUAGAUUGGAAACUGACCAAUGGGAAAGAAUAAACACCAUGCAGAAAUCACAGCUGAUCUUCAACUCCGUGAUGGUCGUUAUGGUACGUAAACGGGCCUUUUCAUAGAGCACGAUGUAUUGCUAUAGGCUUAAUUAUAGCUUUGGGUUCAUGUUGUUAUUUUGCUUUAAUUUACCUCAAUAUAUAUGAGAAUGUAAUGUUUAAUUACAGUUGUUUAAUAGAGAAGGAAAGCAA